AUGUUCAAAGUAGGUGAACGAAAGCCCAACGUCCUCAAUCAAGGUUCAACGGCCAGUCACCUACCAAGCUCAGCAAAUGGCUUGAAGUAUCCACUACCAUUGAAUUUCUAUGACAAGCCACCACUAUUUGACGUGACGAUUGAGGAAUUCGAAACUUGUGCAUUGGACCGACUCCGGAUUCUCGCCGAAAUCGAGUCUUCAGCAGCGCGAAACAGGACAUGGGACGAACUUACGAAGGUCAUCCGGGCGCAAUGCGAGAAAUACAUGCCAUUGAAGGAUAAUUCAUCAACCACGGACAGGGAUGAGCAAAGGAGAAGAGACCACCUCAGUCAUUUCGUGUUGAGGCUUGCGUUUUGUCGAUCAGAAGACUUGAGGAGGAGAUACGUGAAGGCAGAGACGCAGUUGUUCAAGAUUCGCUACGAGGAUAGUGCGCUCGCUGACAGGGAGGCGUUUCUGAAUUCCAGGGAUUUCAACUAUAUUCCCGUCAGUGCAGAGGAGAAGAACAAAUACCGUGAUCAACUCUAUUCACUAUACUUUCUACCGAGACCCGAGGCAGAGAAGAGGGCUGCUUUUGAUAGGGAAAAGUACGUCAAGGUUCGGUGGUCUCGAGUACCGGACCUUGUCGAGAAGCGGAGAGUAUUCUUGCAUGGCGGUUGGGCUUACGUUCCCUCACAAGAACAGGCGAGCAUCGUAUAUCAAGAAUUUGAAAGCAGGUUGGAGAAGGUGCUCGAGAUGACUGCGCGCCUUCUACCUCGACUGGACGAAGACGACCGACUGAUACCCAUACUGGAAAACCUGGCGCAAGGCUUCCUCACCGGCGUCCCAUCGGAAUGGAUGGGCGAAAACGGAGUGCAAGGGAGCGGUGAAGAGCUGAAGGCCGAAAUGAUCGACGAUUUGGCCAAGAAACACUUCCCACUGUGCAUGAAGACCCUACACGAUAAACUUAGACGAGACAAUCACUUGAAGCACUUUGGAAGGCUGCAAUACGGUCUUUUCCUGAAGGUUUUGGGCCUUUCGGUCGAAGAAGCUGUCGCUUUUUGGAGAAAAUCGUUCAGCAGAAUCACAGACGACAAGUUCAACAAAGAGUACCGCUAUAACAUUCGUCAUUCGUAUGGUCUAGAGGGUAAAAGAGCCAACUAUCCCGCCAAAAACUGCCUUCAGAUUUUAGCUCCUGGAAACACCAACGACUGCGGAUGCCCUUAUAGGACGUACACCUCAGAAAACCUUCAAUCCACUCUAUUAUCGGCGUAUGCACCACUGGGGCUAAAGGCAUCGGAUCUGCAGGAGGUGAAGGCGACGGUGGACGGCGGCCACUACCAUGUUGCAUGUACUCGAGUAUUCGAGAUCACGCACGCGCAGUAUGGGAUUAAGAAGGGUGAAGGGGUGGGCGGGGGCGAGAGCGUAACGCAUCCGAACCAAUACGCUUCGCGAAGUCGGGAAUUGAGGAAAGCAACGGAGGGGGAUGCAGAGAUGGCGGAGGCGAGCUGA